AUGUUUCCCACACUUGUGUCUUUGGAGCACGCGGUGCGGGAUAUCAAAGUCUUCGCCCAUGAACAGCAACAGAGAUCGUCUCUGUCGCUCUCGACAAUUUCUUUGACGCUGGCCGUGGCGCCUGCCCUUCUCGCACGUCUUCUUAACGGUAUCGAGGAGGCCUUCACGCCCGAACCACUGCUGGGUGCCGAGGCCUUUUUUGAGGGCGUUGCGGUGCCGCUGCUCCACCACCUCCCGCGGAAGCACAAGACACAUUUCCCAAUGGAGGAAACACUGCGGGUACGGCGGCCGGAGGCUGCGGAUGCAUUUCGCUGCUGGGUGGUGCAUAGUCUCAACACCGCGGACUCCCUGUAUGAGGCGGCCGCGCUGCUGCUGGUAGGGCCAAUCGUCAAGGACGCCACCGGAACUGUUGGGCAGGAACAAAUUAUGGCGGUGGGUGAAGGGAAAGAAAAAGCGGGUGAUUUUUCCCAGUUUGGAGCGGAGCGGGUGCGACGAUUGAAGGAGUCUUUGGGGCCACACACAACCUUCUUGAAUGGGGGUUAUGUGAUGCAACUGCUGUCGCUCCUUCUAAGGGUGUGGCAUCCGGGCCCAAAUGGAGCCGGGCCGAUGGAAGGGAAAAGUGUGGCGGUGCAAUACGGCUUAUCUUUAGCGGAGGCGUUGCCGUUAUUUCGUGAGGUGCCACGGGAAGUACACGUGGAACGAUUGAGACUGCACCGUCGAAAAAGGAAGAAACGGCGUGUAUCGACUGCUGCUGCGGAAUGUGCGAGCGAAGGCGAUGCAUCGCAAGAAAAAAUUAACGCGUCAUCGAAGACACGCGUGCCUGCGCCGAGAAACGGUACAGAAGAGGAAGAAGCAUCCGAUGCUGUUAUGCCGCUGUGGUCACGUCUGAAGGACAUCAUGCUUUCGCAACGCAGCACGGUGGGCACCGGAGGAAUGCUUGGGCAUACGUGUAACCACACGACAUGCGCCAAUAGGCAUUGUUACUGGGAUGGGGAUGAAUAUUGCUACGUGGCUGAUGCAUCCACACAGACCCUGAAAAAUGAUGUGUGUGGUGAUCCCCAUGAAGAGAUUGUUGGCAGGGAAGAGGAGGUGGUGGAGAAAGGUGUUAUGAAUGGUAGUAAUGGUACGAGAUUGAUGACGCAAGCGAAGCCUGUUUCCCUCAAGUGUGGAGUGGCAAGCGAUGGAAAACUCUCCUCUCAAAGUGUCAGCACAAACACAGAGCACCCCUCAUCGUUCAUGACAUUUGUGGAAUUGUUGGAUGCACAGGAGCAACUCGAAAGAGCCCGAGAGGAAGUACGGCAGAAGGAGGAAAGUGUACAGCUGCGUGAGUGUGGCCUUGCGGAGUUGGAGGAGGACUACAAGGAGAAACUAGAAAUGCUCGUCCAUGUUCUUCAUGGGACGAGGAAAAUUUACAACGAGCUUGUCAUGGCUUCUGUGACAGGAUGUGGCGGUGCGACAUGUGAAGAGGAAGCUCCCAGUGCUGCGGCGGUGCAGUCCCGCCUGCUCAACCUUAUCGAGGUCAUUUAUGGCAAGCCAGACGGAGAAGAGGAGGAGGAAGAGGAAGAAGAAGAAGAAGAUGGGAAGAGGAGGAGCAGGAUGAUAGCAACGAAGCCUAUUCCAGACACGCCGGCGUCACGCGCAGCAGCCAAGCUGAAAAUUGCUCAGUAUGAAAAGCUUCGACAGAAGCAGCUGCUCCAGGAACGCCAGCAUGCGAUUUAUGGGGCUGUUACGAGUGCAGGUGCUACUGGAGCUACCGGCCCUAUUGUGCUCACACCCUUAGAGUUCCCUCGUUCACUGCAAUUGCGGCGGCAAGCAUACCUCUGCCCUGGGUGUGGCAUUGCGUUGGGUGGUACGGUCAGAUCGGGGCUUUUUAGGAUUAAUAAGCCACAUCGAUGUCACUACUGUACACAAAUUUAUUGCCGUGAAUGCCAUGUGAAGCAAGUGGCAGUGUUGCCGUUUCUCGUUUUAAAUUCGUGGUGCUUCACGCCUCGGAGCGUCUGUAAACGCGACUACGAGUGGCUGCAACAGAAUUGGAGCAUGCCAUGGUACACUGUGGAGUCGGGGGAGGGGAAGAUGAAGCAGCGGUGCUUUCAUUCAGUCGCGUCGCGGGAUUCUGUGCAACUAGCGAAGGUGCUUCGCCACUGGUUCCUCCUGUGUGCACAGAUGGUACGGGGCUGUACGGAGCCCCUCUCGGAUAAAUUGGCGAUGUUGCUACAAACCUACUACGCCGAGACGGACGUCACUUAUUCCCUCAGUGAUUUGAGUGGGUUGAAGUACAGUGAAGAUGUGGGUACUGCGUUGCGGGAGCUACGCGGUGGCAAUGUUUUGGGGCCGGUAGAUGGGGUGACAAGUCGAAUAGGCUCAAUGCUCAUUGAGCCAUCGUUCAUGGCAGCAACCGUCGGAAACGUUAUGAGUGCCGUGUCAUUUGGACGUCUUUUGACGUCGUGGAAUUUGGACAGGAGCGUCGCCGUCGCAGAACUGGAGGAGAAGCACACGAAGCAUCGUCAUGAGUCAUCACCGGGUGUUGCAAGAGGAGAAGCGGGAGCGUCAUUGGCGUCCGUCGAGAGUGACUCGAGCUUGGCGCAUUCCAUUUCCACAACGGUGUCGACCAACGCAUCGAAGGAAAAUGAGCGGCAGGACUUUCUCGGCUACCUGGCAACACAGAUUCGGGUGAUGGAGCAGCAUUUGCAUCGCGACUGCCCCACCUGCGUGGCGCGAGCGACGACAGUGUGUGAGUUGUGUGAGGGGCGAGACGAGGGGGCGCGGCUGCCUCUUGUGGACGCCGAGGUGGUCGGUGUGCGGCUUCUCGAGAGGGGGGCAGUCGUGCCGGGCGAAGAGGAGGACGCGCCACUUCUCCGGCUGGCACGUGUGGCGAUACAACUCGUUCGCGGUGAUAGCGAAAUGAGGAGGGAUGUCGUGGCGUGUGGAGAAUGCGGCACGCGGUACCACAAGGCAUGCCUGGCGGGGGCUCGCUGCCCGCAUUGCACUUGA